CCCAUCCUACCUCCACAAAAGAAACUGGGAGUCUGUCCGAGUUCAGAAAAAGAGAAAGAAAAAAAAAAGAGAGAAAAGAAAAUGGUGCCUCGAUAACAAAUCCCUCAUCAUCUUCCUCCUCGAAUCGUAGAGAGAGAGAGAGAACACAGCCAAAUCAAGAGAGAGAGAGAGAGUGAAGGAGAGAGAGAAAGCUUCACAAUGAGGAAAGAUGGAGGAGCAGCGGCAGCUCCGAGCCCUCCUCCUUCCUCCCUCUUCCCAUUUCCAAGCUGGCUCGAUCUCAGACCCUUCAUCGCAACCCUAAUUCUCCUAUAACCCUGCAUCAUGGCCAUCUACCAAUUCCAACCCUACCCCUCUCUCCUCAAUCCCUCCUCCUCCUCCUCCUCCCCCCCAACUCCACCACCGCCGCCGCCGUCAAACACCAAUCUCCUCUCCACCUCACCGCCGCCGCCACCGCGCGCAAUCCCAAAGCAGAAGCUUUCCUCCUCGCUGAAGACCGCCUCCUCAAACCCUAACCCUAACCCCAACCCCAACAAGAGGACCUUCACCCCCUACGGCUCCGCCGCCGCCCUCUUCGUCCAAAUGGGCGCGUACCGCGCGGCGCCGCACCCCUCCGUCGUCGGCCUCGCCUCGAAGCCCACCCACGUCUUCUCCAAGCCCUGGUUCAAAUGCCCGAGUGGGUCCCAGACUCACCCCUCCUCCCGCCAACCCUGCCGCCAAGGCCUACCAAGAGCCUCACCCGACUGGGGCUACGGCCGCGUCUACACCGUCGUCGUCGUCAACUGCACCUUCCCCUCGAACCCUAACCCCAACAAUUCCGGCGGCAAGCUCAUCCUCUACGCCUACUACUCCCCGAACCCCAGAAAGUUCGAAAAGUUCGUAGCUUUAGAGGAAGCCCCUGGUUCUUACGACGAGUCGAAGUUCAGACCCCCGUUCAAGUACGAUUACCUCUACUGCGGAUCUUCUCUCUAUGGAAAUCUGAGCGCUAGCAGAAUUAGGGAGUGGAUUGCUUACCAUGCUUAUUUCUUCGGGCGAAACUCGCAUUUUGUGUUUCAUGACGCUGGCGGUUUCGCCGUUUCGCCGGAGGUGAGGGCCGUGCUCGAGCCGUGGGUGAAGGCGGGGAGGGCGACGGUGCAGGACAUCAGGGACCAACAGUAUUAUGAUGGGUAUUACUAUAAUCAGUUCUUGGUAGUCAACGAUUGCUUGCAUAGGUACCGGCAUUCUGCGAAUUGGACUUUCUAUUUUGAUGUUGAUGAGUAUAUCUAUUUGCCUGAUGGGAGGAGCUUGGAGUCUGUUUUGGGGGGAUUGAGUAACUAUACUCAGUUCACCAUUGACCAGAAUCCGAUGUCGAGCAAGCUUUGUGUUGAUGAUCCGAAGAGGGAUUACUCGAGAGAAUGGGGUUUCGAGAAGCUAGUCUUCAGAAACUCAAUCACCGGAAUCAGAAGAGAUCGCAAGUACGCAAUUCAGGCCAGAAAUGCCUAUGCCACCGGGGUUCACAUGUCAGAAAAUGUCAUUGGGCGGACAACCCACAAAACUGAGUCCUUGAUCAGAUACUAUCAUUACCAUGACUCGAUCAAUGUAUUGGGCGAACCUUGUCGCCAAUUCGUCCCGAUGCCAUCCAAAGGCAAUGUUACAUGGUUCGAAAAGGUCCCCUAUGUCUAUGAUGACAACAUGAAGAACAUUGCCGACAAAAUCAAGAGGUUUGAGGAGCAAACAAUUGGAUCCUUCAGAGCCUAAACUUGUUACAUUUCACCAUUCUUUCGGGCUACAGCAAAGAAUUUAGAUUUGAUCCCUCUUUUCCUUUGUAAAGGUAUGAUUUUGUUUUCAUAAUGUUGUAAAUUGGUUCGCUGUGUUCUUUCUUCUUUUGAGGCCCUCAAUGUUCUUCACUACGUCCCUCUUUUGGUAUAUCAAAAUCUAUAUUUGUAGUUAGUAUUUUAAUUGGAUUCUCUCUUUGA